AUACAGCAGUUGCAGUGCUUUCUUGCCAGACUUGCAACAACUGAAGCUCAGUCUAUUUUAAUGCUUACAUCCGAUCCUUAUACGGAAAAUAUAGAUCAAGGUAAGCCAGGGUAAGAAUAUCAUAUACCAUGUUAAAUUCUAAUAAUUUACAAUGAUGACUAAGGGUACUAGCUGUAGAUAGACAUAUGUAGUAAAAUCAUUAUAUUUCUUAAUUUCCCAUGUUCAUUGGAAACAGCAAUUCCUUCGUAAAAUCAGGUUAAAAACUCGGGUCUGGGAGUGCGGUGUACGUGAGAGAGAUUCCGACUUAACCGAAAAGUACAAGCAGAAAGUCGACGUGCAUUGUUAAAUCAAUUAUGAACUUCAUCAUCAGAUGAACUGAUGGAUAAAUUAAUUAAUAGACCUUUUCGAUGAGAUGUAUUGUAUGUGACUAUGUGUAGCAGGAGUUCUCACCGAAAAAAACCCGGCUGCGUGCUAAGCAGGCUAGAUAACUUAGAUAACGUGAGAUGACCGCAACAUCGCAAAUGAGAAACGGUAUUUUCAAUAAUUAAUAUCAUCUAUGAGCCUAAUCUCAAUAUCCAAGUACGAAGAUGACGAGCAUUUAUCGCAUGAUGUAUCGACAAAUGCGACGAUAUACUUUAUAAUUAGUUCACUGAUUAUAGGGGCUGAGAUUCAGCACUUCUACAUUUACGCAAUUUGCGCGUUGACUGUUAGUGGCCGACGUUGUACAAUUUCCAAAAUAAUUCAACAUUAAUUCUGCGCAAUAUAUCAAACGCCAUGGAAUAUUCCUGGUUCUGUGUGCUCGUUUACCGAUCAAUUGUCAGACUGGAUAUGACAUCGUUAAAACAUAUUCCUCAACGUUAUUCAUUGAGCUGGUGUACCAAAUUAUUUCUUUUCUAAACAUUUAUCGACCAUAGAUCAUUACACUGAGUUUAUAGAGAGUUCUAUCAAUUGUCAAUUUUACCGCGACUGGUUUAGUGAAACAUAGGUCCGCUGUGGACAAAAAGUGGCACCGGGAAAUUUAAAGGCAUUGAGCAGAUCAAAACAUAGAUGUGCGCUCUGACCUUUGGAAUCGAUUUCCGGCAUUUCCAGAGUCAUAGCGGAAACGUCGCACUGAUGACGUUUUAAAAUUGUAUUUCCGUUUGAGAUUAGCUCACAGUCGGGCCAGAAAUGAAAAUUUUUAUAUACCGUGAUAAAACUAAAAGAUACAAAUUUGAAGACACAAGCUCGAAAAUAUAAACACUCCACACAAUGUUAUUGAUAAUGAUUCGAACAAGAAUAUUGCAAUGAAGAUACUAACGUCCAAAAGGGCCGAAGUUAUGUUCGGCGAAAGGUAGGACUAGUUUGACUAGUUUAUAUUUUUGUCUUUUGAUCAGACAAUUGCGUAAUUUGAUAAUAUACGAUCUCGCGUGACUUUCAAAGGCCUGUCUUGACUUUCUAUGUUACUAGUCACUAAAACUAUUGUGAGAAUUAGUUGAUAUUGACAAUUGUUUCACUGAAUCGUCAAUCGAAUGGUGAUAUUAAUAAAUUAUAUAGUAUGUCUUCAUAGGCAUAGCAUGCACUGAACCGAAGAUAUGAACAUACAAUGUCAUUCUUCGUAUUGUAGUAUUGUACUCGUGUUAUUGACUAAACUAUUUUAUAAUAUAGCAUUUGUAAAUUCUGAAUGCUGAUUGGCUAAGAGCCGUGUUGAUAUAACUCCAUGUCAACACGGGAAAUUUUCCGCCGCUUGUAAACACGGAAAUUUUUCUUAUUCUUCGGGCUUUUGACAUUGCUAUAUUAUAAAACAAAUAUAAAACUUUUUUUCGUAUUGAUAUAUAGUUAUAUCAAACUUAUCAACACUCGUGGAAGUUGGGAAAACUCGAAAUUGUAUGAAAACAAUCACCCGUGGAAGUUGGGAAAACUCGAAAUUGUGUGAAAACACUCCGCCCUUCGGGCGUCGUGUUUCCACACAAUUUCUCGUUUUCCCAAUUUCCACUCGUGUUGAUAUAACUGUAUAUCAACACGGAAAAUGUUUUAUAUUUGUUAAUUAUUAUACUCGUGUUGUUGGCAAAACCAUUCAUGGACUACAGCGGAACUAACCGUAGAUAACCGACUUUAGCUCGCAAUUUCUAUGCUCGCAAUGCAUUACAUCAAUACGUCAUCAAUACACCAUCACCUGUCUGUUUCCAACAUCCACGGACGUACAUCCUGGCAAUGCUUCUACUGAUUGAAAAUUCGUUGACGGAAAUUGUGUGCAAUUGUAACCCCAGGACGACUUUUCUUAGUUCAUUUCAACUCUUUUGAAUUUAAUGUGUAUGCAUGUAAACUGAGUUCAAAAUUUUAUUGAUGCUACUUGAUCUCGCUUUAUGGCAUUUAAGUUUCAUGACCCCACUAGGACGCUGUUCCUGGCAAGAACCAAUAACAAAUUUUGACUAAUCGAACCUUUUAUUUGUGUAUAUGUCUUCUUUAGACUCAUCAUGAAAAAUCUUAUUGCCAUUACCAUGCUUGUGAUUAUAUCUGUAAUCAGCCGAUCGACUGAAGGUAAUUCUAUAUAAGAUAUAUUCUUGGAUAUCCAGCCGUUUCACGUUUCAUCUCGCUUAUAUUUUUAUUAUUUUCACAUUAUGACACGACAAUCGCUAUCACUGAGUGGCUGCAUAUUGGUCACUGGAGAUGCAACAAUCCCUAUUUGAGAUAUAAAUAAUGUUAUUUUUACUAACAUUAAACCCGAUUUAAACCUGAUAUGAUAUUAUGGUUGCACCAAUUAACACCAUGCAUAUAGGCUAAUCAAUAUAUUUACUUCAGUAUAGGUAGAGACGGUCAGAGUAAACAAAAAUGAUAAUAAAUAUUCAUAAUUUCCAUUUGUAUGUAGCUUGAAACAGUUGUGGGAGGUUAAAUAAGGGCCUCUGUGUGUCAAGCCUUCCUCAGAACGCAGGAAAUGCCAUUUUAUAGAGCCUAUAGUAUAGUACUAUAGAUCAAAUUUUUCUGAAUAGCAUAUUGGCCUAGACCACCCAAAAGUGUUUCUUAAGGCCCGUUUACACUUGCAAUUUUUUCUGCGAUUUUAGGUUCUUCUCCUGCAGAUGUAUGAAAUUUUAGGUUCUUCUCCUGCAGAUGAGGGCAGUGAACUCCAUGUCUUUUAUCUGGAACGAUAACAUGCGGGAGAAACGUGAAGCCAAUGCCAACGCCACUUCAUGCUAAUUAUACGCCCGCGUCCUGACGCGCGCUGAUUCGUGAUAGACCGCGCGGUGAUGGCGUAUAAAGGGACUGAAACUGACGUACUAUAUGGCGUGGAAAUGACGUGGGGGGCUGACGCCACUGCUCACACGUUGCUCACGCGAGGCUUCACUUUUUAACUGCCAAAUGACUGAAUGUUAUCGUUCGUUAUUCGUUCCAGGGGCCGGUUGUUCAAAACUUGGUUAGCUUAACCCUAGGUUAAACCUAAAAUUCAAUGCAAACUUCCUGACAGCUUGCUAAUAAAUUUGGAAAUAUUUCUUCAGAGAUCUUGUCUGGAUCGAUAGGAGUUUUCUUCUCUGAAGUUUUGAAAUAAACUAAAACAGCAGGUUAAAUAAAUACAAAAACUAAAACAGCAGGUUAAAUUUUAACCCAGGGUUAGCGCUAACCCAGCUUUGAACAACCGGCCCCAGGUAAAUAGAUUGAGUUCACUGGAUGAGGGUACAUAUACUCAGAGUAUUCAUAACUUUUUACUCGUUCACAUCCAUCAGAAGAAGAAAAUCGCAGUAGAAAUCAGUCGCAGCAAAAAUUGCAAGUGUACACGGGCCUUUAUAUGGAACAUUGAAACAACAAGCUCUUUGUGACGAUCUAUUUGUGAAGAUAUUUUCUUUUCAUUUCAGCACAAUCCUCGUGUGUUGACAAAAGCAGCUUCUGCAGUUCGUCACUGUGUCGUUAUACCUGGCAUUCAAAAACGUGUGCUAAAACCUGUGGAAAAUGUUCAAGUACAGGUAAAUACAACUGAUCUUGUAAAAUCUUAAAUUACAGCUGUUUAACCCUUUAGCAACGUACAUUUAAUAGUUUUUGUUUUUUUCUUAUCAUUCACCUCCAUCCGUUAUAACUUUCCCAAUCGACUCAAGCUACAGUAUAAUCAACUCAACAAGUCAUUAAUAAUUCAUGAGGAAAAGGCAAGGAAAAAUCAUGAGCAUGUCGUAUCUUUAUAUGUGAUAGAGAUUUCUCUUGAUUUACAUAAACUUUAACUUUUAUUUUCUCGACUUACACAAGUAACGUAUUUUUUGAAAAUUACUUCGCCAAUGAACUUACUAGAUCGAUCCUUUUUGAAGAAAUUUAAGACAUUCGCAGUGCGUGUUUCAGUUAUCAGACACAAAGAUACUCGGCUUCGCCUCGUAUCUUUGUAUCUGAUAAAACACUCAUGCUGCUCAUGUUUUAAAUGUAUAGUACUUCAAAUACUGAUUAUAAUCAUUCCAACUUUAUUUACAGUGUUUCAUCUACUUUAAAGAAGCUUCUUGCCACAUACCUUCGUGAAUACGAUGUUUUUUUUUGUGUUGUUUCUUUUUAUUAACACAAGUAUUUGUCACUUCAGUUCCUUCAGUAUUUGUUACUUCAGUUACUUCACUGACGAUCUAUCUGUGGAGACUGAAGACAUUGUCUUUUCAUUUCAUUUCAUUUCAUUUCAUUUCAUUUCAUUUCAUGCACAAUCCUCGUGUGUUGACAAAAGCAGCUUCUGCAGUUCGUCACUGUGUCGUUAUACCUGGCAUUCAAAAACGUGUGCUAAAACCUGUGGAAAAUGUUCAAGUACAGGUAAUAGAAUCUUGUAAAAUCUUGAAUUACAGCUGUUUAAGAUUAUCUUUUUUUACCUAUAAUUUACUUCCAUCCGUUAUAACUUUCCGCAUCGACUCAUGCUACACGGAAUAAUCAAUUCAAAUACUGAUUAUAAUCAUUCCUGACCAACUUUACUUAGUAACAGUAUUUCCUCUAUUUUACCCCCAGCUUCUUUUUUCCCUCCCUCUUCUAAUUAACUCCCAAUCUAGAAACGCUGAGACAAAAAUAAGCCCCUGUAUACCCUCCAUUUAGCCCUAUCCUCUAUAUUUCUAAAAUUAUUCAGCUGACUAUGAACAUUAUAAUAUUACAAUAUAACGUUUUGCCACUGAUAAUACUGAUCAUGAGUAUACUGCAUGCGCAUAUAUCACGUUCAUUCGGAUGUGGCAUCACUAACGGUAAACUGUAUAGAAAUGUCAUGGAAAUUUUUUAAAAGAACAAAAAAUGUAUCUCGUCCAAUGUACCAGUGGGGUCUCCAUUUAGCCCUCCAGUCCGAGAACAAUUAGAAAAAAUAAUUCAGUUCCCAGGUACGGAGGAAAUGCGUAAUUUUUUAUAAUCCAGUAUAUAGACUCUAAUCUCGGAGGAAAUGAUGAUAUUAUCACUGAGAGUAAUAUUUCGCCGAAUCCUCCGUGUGGAGGGUCUAUAAAUUAUAUUUUAUACCGAAAAUUAAAAGCCUCCAACUUGUGAAUAUAAAAUUGCAAUAUACCUUCGUGAAUACGGUGUUUUAUUUUUUGAUUAACGCAAAUACUUGUCGCUUUUCUUUCGAAUCACACAUCGUUUGGAAUAUUGAUGAUAACAUUUUUCAAAAUUUGCUUCAAAAUUAAAAAAAGAGCUUUCUUUGAAGUUUAAAAACUGAAAGUGCCGCUGUAAGGAAAAAAUCAUCUCUCCAAUUUAGAUCUUAGUUAAACAUUACUUGGAAAUAAGCUAGCACGGCGUUCUUGGUUUUUCAAUAUCUUGUUUCGUUCUCGAGAUAUUCAGCUUUUUAAAACAAUAUGCAAAUUAGGUCCAAAGUGACGUCGUCAUUUACUCCGGAAUAUUCAAAUGUGUACAUGCAUUGUUUCCAUGGAAACAAUACAAAAGUUGACUAAUUCACUAAAAAAUGUUAAUUAAAAUUGUGUUUUCCGCCCUAUUUGUGAAAAAUACGAACAUUCAAAUGACUGAAACUUGACUGUUGCGCAUGUAUACGAGUAUUCCGUCCAACGUUUUAGUUUAAAUAAAUCUUGUUUAGCAGUGAAGAAAUAAUCGUUUUCGCUGUACAAGCAAAACGCACUUGUUGCUUUAUGGUUUCCAAUCAUGAUACAAAUUUUGAGAUGUGAAACACUCUUCGCUAUACUAGCACAAAGUUUGAAUGAAUUGUUUCCGCAACGAAGGAAGAUAUAGAUAUUCAUCGUUUUCUAAAUCUGAUUUAAUAUUCUGGAAUAAAUGACGUCACUUUGGACCUAAUUUGCACGUUUUAAAAAGCUGAAUAUCUUCAGAACGAAACAAGAUAUUGAAAAACCAAGAACACCGUGUUAGCUUAUUUCGAGGUAAUGUUUAACUAAUAUCUAAAUUGGAGAGAUGACUUUUUCGACACAGGGGCACUUUAAUAAUUCAUCACUCCCUACAAUCAGGAGCAAAAAUUAUUGAGACAAACGCAUAAAUGCGUUUGAAAUCGAUACAGAAAAAGAUUCUGAAAAUAAUAUCAUUUUUGCCUUAUACUUUCUCAUCUUCAACCCUUUUUUCAACGCUAGAAAUACUAAAUAUUAAUAAGAUAAAUGCUUUUCAAGUUGGUUUGUUCACAUUCGACGCAGUAAAAAAUACACUACCACCUCAAUUUAGUGGACCUCAUAUAUCUUGAACCUGACAUUAUCUGACACUAUUCUCCUUUGUUAUAUUAGUUUGUUUUUUAAUUUUUUUAGGGUGGACUACUAGAAAAGCCCUGACGGGCUUGUUAGUCUUCCUUCCAUAUGAAUUGUAUCUUUAUAUUUUAUCAAAACUGUAACUGUAUAAUGGAAAAAUAAAAUAUCUAUCUAUAUUCAGUACGUAAUAAUAGAUUGUGAUUUUGCGCAUGUGCGACCAGAUUUGCUUGAACUCAUCUCACAUAAUCCCAAAAUCAUGGGAGAUGGAAGUUUGCAAUAAAUUCUAGUGCAAGUUUACGAUCGAUAAGUCCGUUUAUCAAGAUAAAUAAAAAGCUUGAAUUGGGUUUAACAUUUAGUGAGUAUGUCAACCUCACGUAACAAUUCAGCUAAAAGUAGGAAAAUCAUGGAAAUUUUUCCAAAAUAGGUCUGAACGACGCGUUGUCUGUUAUAAAAUUCUUGAACUUAAAGAAAAUGUUCUGUUUGAGAGAAAAAAUAUACUCAUGAUUGUCAGCCAUGGGGAAAAUUGUCUGAAAUUUAUUUAUUAUUUUAUAAUCUUCUUCCCAUGUAUAUAUUCGUCAAUUAACCGUCCUUUCCAAACAAAAAAUAGCUAUAGUUCUCAAGAUCACCUAUAUUUUUUUUACAUGAAGUACUCAAUUAUAGAAAACCGCUGAUAAAAAAUAUUAUGUAGCAAAAGGUUCAGUAAGCAAGAAAUCCAAGUCAGCUUCUUUCCUGGAGCAAUAAGUUGAAUCAACAUGAACGAAUUACGUUUCAUUCAAAAGUACAAAUAGAGACAAUCAGGAGCAAAAAUUAUUGAGACAAACGCAUAAAUGCCCCCCUCACCCCCAAUUUAAUGUUGUGUGGAUAAUUGAAAAGAGAAAAUUCAACCCGCUUUUUCCAACAUUGAUCAUGGGGCCAAAAACGUGAAAAGUCUCAUUAUUUUUGCCUCUGAUUGUAGCUUAUUUUUUCGUCCAACUUGUUUGCGUGAUCGCCGCGGCGGUUUACACGAAUAAAUGGAAUAAUAUCAACCGGAUAAAUAUGAUCAAAUCACCGUGUGAUAUGAUUGAAAUCACCCGCUACGUCAAAUACUAUUUGAUGAUGAAUUUCAUAAAUUCCUUCCACUGGAAUAUAUAUAAAACGUCAUGUAGUUGUGAUGUAGAACAUUGACGAGUUCUUUGUGACGAUCUAUCUGUGAAGGCAUUGUCUUUUCAUUUGAUUUUAUUUGAUUUCAGCACAAUCCUCGUGUGUUGACAAAAGCAGCUUCUGCAGUUCGUCACUGUGUCGCUAUACUUGGCAUUCAAAAAAGUGUGCUAAAACCUGUAGAAAAUGUUCAAGUACAGGUAAUACAAAUCUUGAAAAAUCUUAAAUUACUGUUUACUCUUUUGCAAAGUACAUUUAAUUAUUAUUAUUUGUUUACUUAUCAUUCACUUCCAUCCGUUAUAACUUCAGUCCCCAUCGACUCAAACAACAGUAUAAUCAAUUCAAAUACUCAUUAUAAUCAUUGGAACUUUAUUUACAGUAUUUCCUCUAUUUAACCCCCAGCUUCUUUCUUGCCCCUCCUAUUCCAAUUUGCUCCCAAUCUAGAAACACUGAAACAAUAAUAAACCCCUACCCUUCGCUUUUAUACUGGUCUUUUGCAGCUUAUUAACAUGUCGUCUUUGCGUGUAUUUUUGUCACUCUGAAUAAGUCCAUAUAAUAAACAGAACAUUAAACGGUUGCGAGAAGAUAUGGAUUGAUAUUCUCGUGUCAAACAUAAAAUUCAUAUCUCCUCACAACAGUCUAUUAAUAUCUCUAUUUAUUUAAAACUAUAUAGUAAAUACAUAAACUGCAUAUAAUUCCAUAGCUUGUUUUGUAUUUAAUUAUAGGCGUUGUUGACAACUGCAAGACUUUGGUGACUCGAUGUCUUAUAAGUAGCGGUUUUGAUGCCUGUACUUCACGCAACUGUGUCUUAGGUGUGGCAAUAAAUUUGGCACAAUGUCCAAGAAAUUCUCCUUAUCGCACCACGAUGGGAACAUUGAUACAGUCAUUGUCAAGAUCGUGUUCCACAAGUAUGCUUCUCAAGAAUUUAGGAUGAGAAGCUCGGCCCUCUCAUGGUAUGUACGCGAAUCAUCCAACUUUAUAAUAUUCUUUAGAUUUACGAUCACCUAUAUAGCCUUCGUGUCAAACUAGACUAUGAACUGAAACUUUGAAACAUCUAUAAGCGGCAGUAACUUAAAUUCGGCGGGUGCGGAGAUAAAUUAACCAAAUACGUAAAAAUGUGUUGGGCAAAAAUACAUUCAAAUCAUGUUCAGUGAGAACAAAAAACCUAGAACUAGAACGUCCGGUUCAAGCAAUUUGAAAAUAUUACUAAUCUCAAUUCUGUAAUAUACGUCGUUUUCUGACCAUCAGAACUCUGUAAAAUCGUCCUCCAAAGUGCAUGCAUGAAGUGAUGUUUCAGAUAUUUCUUCGGGGAGCAUGCUCGAUGAUGCAUGCUCCCAUAGCCUCAAUCUCGCGUAGGGCUCGUACCUAUUGCACUUGAUACUUCUGGCUUCGCCACAUUACCCUCAUAUACCCACGGGGCCAGGUCGACUACGAAGAACACUGUAGCAUAUAGGCUUGAGAAUAAGGAGGGCACCUUCGUCGCUACCCCUGCAGACGCUCAGACAUUUUUCACAUUUCCCAUUCUUUUAUGACCACACCCUUUCAAUUUUUUGGGCAACAAGAAACAGACCCCCCCCCCCCGCUGAGAACCUGUAGUAGUAUGGUUUUUGAAAGAAAUGAUAUCAACAGCGAGGGUUGAAGUGGUGUCUGGAUGAGGGGGAAGUUUGAGGAGAAGACAAAAAGAUAAUGUGCUUUUAGUCUGUGACUUUAGUUUGCCGAUUUAAUUGUCGAUUGACCAGUCGAUAAAAAUCGGCAUGUACCGAACACGUACGUCAGAUCCCAAUUAUAAAUUGAUUAGUAAUUUCAUGAUUACCAUGUCGUAAAAUUAUCAGAACAUGCGAUUACGGCAUGGAUUUUGACUGAUUGAGAUAACCGAUAAAAAUCGGAAUACGCAGCUCAUGCAAUAAAUUGAUAAGGAACGGUAUCAAAACAAUUUGAUCUAAGGCCUGUUUUAUACGUCGAAUUUUUGUCGCGUCGAAUGCAAUUGAGACAAUAGAUAAUGAGAUGAUAAAACUCAUUAAGCUUCAUUAUCUAUUGUUUGAAUUGCAUUGGACGCGACCAAAAUUCGACGUAUAAAACAGGCCUAACUGUCCAAUUAAAAUCGGGCGACUGAAAUUGCACGCUGUGCGCCAGGCUUAACAGGCAGGUGGACUUCCUGUUGUAGUUUGGUCCUGUUAACUGAUAUCUAUAACCUAAAAUUAAUUUGGUAUCCUAAAUCUUGGCAAAUUAGCAACAAUGAUACAGCUGUAUUUUUUGUUUUAGGAAAAGAAAUAUUUGAAGUGCUAAUAGAAAAGAUCAUAUAUGUUAAACAGUUGAUUGUAUAGUUGGUUGAAUAUCGUUAAUGUUAAUAUUAUAGUGGGUUAAUCAAAAUAAAUUGGAAAAGUUCAAAAUGUGUGAUAUCUGGCUGCUUACAUGUUGUGUUAACGUUGCUUC